AUGUCGAGUACAGGUAAUGAUAAGAAUCCCGAGAGAGACAAGCCCUCCGCCGAGUAUAAUUCGUCAAAAGAGGAUCCGAAUGCUGACCCGCCACCUCUGCAGUCGAUCUUGAAGCUCAGAAAGAUGCCUCAAAUUCCGUCACGUCAUACGACUGAAAAUUCAGACGACGGCGAUGAUGACGGUGGCGGUAAGGACGAGGAGGAAUCUACGAGUGAGGAAGAACAUUCGCCGAUUAUCGAGGCAUCUACUCUGGGUCUAAAUCACAUUCGGACCCGCUCCGCUCCGUUGCCUCAUCUCCGAUCAGCCAAUUCGAUUGGGACGCCUUCCAAUUUAGGUUAUAACAGUGAACACAAAAUGAAUAAAGAAGGAGCUCAUCCCAGGCCCAAAAUUUCAUUUGUUCCUCAACCGCCUCCUGCAUCCACAUCCACGGAUCAAGACCAAGGUAAAAGGGUCCAUUGGAGCCAAUCAAAAUCAUUAAAGAACCCAUCACCUCGCAAUUCAGGGUCGGAGGGUCAUCAUGCUACUUUAUCCAAAGAAAUGCAGUCCCCUAGGUUCCAGGCUAUAUUGCGUCUCACAAGCGGCCGAAGAAGAAAAGUGCAUGACAUCAAGAGUUUUUCACAUGAACUGAAUUCUAAAGGAGUUAGAGCAUUGCCAUUUUGGAAAUCCCGUGCAUUUGGGGGCACUGAAGAGAUUAUGGCAAUGGUGCGGUCAAAAUUCAAUAAACUGAAGGAAGAGGUUAAUGCUGACUUGGGUAUCUUUGCUGGGGACUUGGUUGGGAUUCUUGAGAGCACUUCAGAAACUCAUCCUGAGUGGAGAGAAACUUUGGAAGAUUUGUUAAUAAUAGCCAGGCAAUGUGCAAAGAUGUCACCUGAUGAGUUCUGGUUGAAAUGUGAAGGCAUUGUUCAGAACUUGGAUGAUCACCGGCAGGAGCUUCCAAAUGGAAUACUAAAACAAGUACAUACACGUAUUCUAUUCAUACUCACUCGUUGUUCUAGACUGGUGCAGUUCCAAAAGGAAAGUGGUUAUGAAGAGGAGCAUAUUCUUGCUUCCCACCAGCUUAGUGACCUUGGGGUCUAUCCAGAACGAAUUUUUGGGGUGGUCAACCAGGAAGUGUGCAGCACAAAAAAGAGGACUCAAAAAGGCCAGGCACAUGAUCAGGAAGACCAUGCAGAAGAAAACUAUGGAACUGAAACAGAAAAUUUGGAGGUUAGUACAGCUAAAAGUGUUGCUUCCUCCAGUGGAAGCUAUAGAAUGUCAUCAUGGAAGAAACUUCCAUCUGCAGCUGAAAAAAAUAGCAAAAUCCAGGGAUCUGUUGACUCCACACCCAGGGAGAAAUCUGAUCAGUUGCAUCAUAGAGAAGAAACAGAUAGUGUAGGAAUUCUGGAAAUUCCAGUUCUCAACCCUGAACGUUCAGAAGAUUCCUCGAGAGGGCGAAAUGUGACCUGGGGAAUUUGGGACCAACAAAAUAUGACCUGUGAAGACUCUCUCAUCUGCCGCAUAUGUGAGGUCGAAAUUCCAACUGUUCACGUAGAGCAACACUCAAGAAUCUGCACAAUUGUGGAUAGAUGUGAUUUAAAAGGUUUAACAGCCAACGAAAGACUUGGAAGAGUUGCUGAUACUCUAGAAAGGGUACUGGAAACGUGGACGCCAAAAAGCACUGAAGCUGGGUUGGGAAGUCCUGACCUUUCGAGAGAUUUUUCGCCGGAAGAGUUAGAUCCGCUGUCACCUGAGCGGAACUCUUGUAGGGGUCCUGAUAGCAUGCAAGAUUCUGCUUCUGAGACUGAAAGUGAAUUUAACGUGGAUGGCGACAAUAAUUUGCCUUCUUAUCCGCUUGAAAUGCAUUCUCCGACUCCUGAUAUGUCUAAGAAGGCAUCCCCAGUUGAAAGUCUAACACCUCGGUCCCCAUUGAUAACCCCACGGAUGAGCCAAAUAGAGGUGCUUUUAAGCGGACGGAAGACUGUGUCUGAACUAGAGAGUUAUCAACAGGUAACCAAGCUAUUGGAUAUUGCCCGAUCUGUUGCCAGUGUAAACAACACUGACUAUAGUACUUUAGAAUAUAUGCUUGAUCGUCUAGAGGACCUAAAGUAUGUCAUUCAAGACAGGAAAGUGGAUGCUCUUGUGGUUGAGACCUUUGGAAGACGCAUUGAAAAAUUGCUGCAGGAAAAGUAUGUGUCACUUUGUGGACAGAUUGAGGAUGAGAAAGCAGAACUCCCGAACGUCAUUGCUGAUGAUGAUACUUCAACCGAAGAGGAUACAAUUCGAAGUUUGCGUGCAAGCCCUAUUAGUCAUUGCUCCAAGGAUCGAACAUCUAUUGAAGAUUUUGAAAUAAUUAAACCAAUCAGCAGAGGAGCCUUUGGUCGAGUUUUUCUGGCCAGGAAACGGGCAACUGGUGACUUAUUUGCAAUAAAGGUUUUGAAAAAGGCUGACAUGAUUCGGAAAAAUGCAGUUGAAAGUAUCCUGGCUGAACGUGAUAUCCUUAUAUCUGUUCGCAAUCCAUUUGUGGUCCGUUUUUUCUACUCUUUCACCUGUAGGGAAAACCUUUACCUGGUGAUGGAGUACUUAAAUGGAGGAGAUCUUUUUUCAAUGCUCAAAACUCUAGGAUGCUUGGAGGAAGACAUGGCACGAAUAUAUAUUGCAGAGCUUGUACUUGCUUUGGAGUAUAUGCACUCCUUAAAUGUCAUUCAUAGAGACUUGAAGCCAGACAACUUACUGAUAGGUCCAGAUGGUCACAUCAAGUUGACAGAUUUUGGGCUUUCGAAAGUAGGUCUCAUCAACAGCACGGAUGACUUUUCAGGUCCAUCGGCAAGCAAUACAAAUUUCCUUGCCGACGAUAAGCCCAAGGCUGCAGAAAUUUCAACAGCCAAAAAGGAAGAACGGAAAAAGCAUUCUGUUGUAGGCACCCCUGACUAUUUGGCUCCAGAGAUUCUCCUUGGAAUGGGACAUGGUGCUACAGCAGAUUGGUGGUCUGUUGGGGUUAUUCUUUUCGAGCUUCUAGUGGGUAUUCCGCCUUUCAAUGCAGAAAGUCCACAGCAAAUUUUCAACAAUAUCAUGAACAGAGACAUUCCCUGGCCCAAGAUACCCGAAGAAUUGAGCUAUGAUGCUCAUGAUUUGAUUGACAAGUUGCUGAUUGAGAAUCCAGUGCAAAGAUUAGGAGCAACAGGCUCCAAAGAGGUCAAAUCGCAUCUGUUUUUCAGGGAUAUUAACUGGGAUACCCUGGCUAGGCAGAAGGCUGCAUUCAUUCCUUCAGCUGAACCCCUUGACACCAGUUACUUUAUGAGUCGUUACAUCUGGAAUCCAGAAGAAGAGAAUGUGCACGGUGGUAGUGAUUUUGAUUAUUUGUCUGAUUCGGGCAGUGGUUCUUGCAGCAGCAGCUCAUUUAGUAAUGCACAUGAUGAAGAUGGUGAUGAAUGUGGCAACUUGGCAGAGUUCAGUGCACCGUCACUAGAUGUAAAGUAUUCAUUCAGUAAUUUCUCUUUCAAGAACUUGUCACAGUUGGCUUCCAUAAACUACGAUUUGUUGGUGAAGAGUGCUAAAGAAUCAAUGGAAACGGAUAAGAUGUCCGUUCCAUGA